GCGCUCAUUUAUAAAUAAAUAACUGUGCUGUGUCUCUGGCUCGGAGCUGACCGUGGUGCUGAUCGCCGCGCGCUCGCUCAACAUCAACACUGACGUGCUCGAGCGUCGCUACCUGAACACCUCCGACGCUCAACUUGACGCUCCCUCGCAACCUUCAGUUUCGGAGGAGAUCCUAAAAUAAACCGAGCAUGAAUCUGAAGUGAGACGGAAGCGUUUUGGAAGUCGAGGGAAAGUCAGUAGCCUAUUAAACCUGAUGCUCACAUGGACGUUCCGGCACGUGUUUUAGUAGGAUUUGCGAAUAUGAUGCCCAUCGUGAGAUUUUUACCGUACUUUAUUUGAGAUGUGCGUUAUUUGAAUGAAUUCGCAUUCAUAAUGUUGCUGUAAACAUAGCCGUUUAGAAGCAAAAGAAGAUCACUACAUCUCAUUGGAUUCUUGGACAUCUGAAGUGGAGAUAUGGCUCGCGUUCUUGUCCUUGUUAACUCAGUCGGACUGUUGCUCUUCGGUAGUGAAAUGUUUCUGGUGGGAGCAAACCGUCCUCCUGCUCCAGUUAAUGUGUCAGUCAUGCACCUGAGAGCUGAUUCAGCAACUGUGUCCUGGGAGGUGCCUGAGGGUGACAUCAUUAUCGGCUUUUCCAUCUCCCAACAGAGAAUGGACGGCAAAAUGCAGAGGUUUAUCAGGGAGGUGAACACCACCAGCAGGUCCUGUGUGCUGUGGGACCUGGAGGAGGAGACGGAUUACAUUAUACAAGUGCAGUCCAUCGGCCUUUACGGAGAGAGCCAGGCCAGUAAACGUGUCCACUUCAGAACCCUAAAGAAAACAGACCGCUUCCCCUCAAACAGUUCAAACCAAGAUGACCCGACUGUCCAAGGCCUGGAUAAAGCUCGACACCUGCAGACAGGAGAGAUGAUCAUCAUUGUGGUGGUGCUUCUUAUGUGGGCAGCCGUAAUCGCCUUGUUUUGCCGGCAGUAUGACAUAAUAAAGGACAACGAUUCCAGCAACAGCAAAGAGAAGGUAAAACCAUCGUCAGAGAGAAGCACACCAGAGCAUCACAGCGGAGGUCUGCUACGGAGCAAGUUCCACCAGUCUGUGCCAUCGAUCAACAUCAUCGAGGUGUGAUGGGAGCAUCUUAGAUGUCAGUCUUGCCCUCCGCCGCAGUAUCAGGAUGACAGUAUGUCAACCCUUUCAUCACCACACGGUCAGAAACCCAUCAGCUACACCACUGUAUCGGCCCACACUUAUACACAUAUUAAAGCAAUCUACUGGGACUGUAAAUAACGUUCGUUGCGUAUAUGACUGGAUGUCUGUAUUUUACAAUGGAUGGAGAAUUCCCAAAACUCUUACCGCAAUAUAUCAGACUCAAACUGGGAUUUUUUUUUUCUUCUCUUGUAUAGAAAAGGAAGGAAAGUGUAUUUUUGUAAUGGUACCGAAGUAUGACAGGGUUUCUACUCUUUGUGUUUUGUUCGCGCAUGCAGCUCUCGCGGUCUGAUGGGACGUGUACAGAAGCAGGUCUAAAGGAGCAGUUCACCCAAAAAUGAAUCUGAGGCCUUUUAAAAUGUAGACGAGGUUGUUGUUCCAUCAGAACAGAUUUGGAGAAAUUUAGCAUUGCAUCACUUGCUCGCCAAUGGGUCCUCUGCAGUGAAUGGGUGCCGUCAGGAUGAGAGCCUGCAUGAACGGCUGUUAAAAACAUUACGAUAAACCGAAAGUAAUGCACAUCUUGUAACCUGCAGGUUUCUAAUACAUUUAUUAAGACGUGCUACUCCAGUGAAAAAGGCAUCUUGUCUGAUUCAGGAGAGAAAUAUACACUGAUCAAGCAUCAUUUACUAAUGAAACCAGUUUAAAAAACACUAUUUGAUCCAUUGGUGAGCAAGUGAUAUAAUGCUACAUUUCUCCGAAACUGUUCCGACAAAGAAACGCACUCAUCUGUAUCUUGGAUGGCCUGAGCUUCCGUCCGUUUUCAUCGAAUUGUAAUUUUCUGGGUGAACGGUUUCUUUAAGUUUGUGCUCUUAUUUUCAUUAGUCUGUAAAUGUGGUGGAAUUACAUCUGUUCUGCUUAUUAGAGAGAACAGACUGAUGCCAAAUCUCUCUGCUUGCAAGUAGUUUCGCCCUCUUCACCUUCCUUAACAGUUUUUAUCUAUCCUAACUAUGGCUAGUAAUAUUUAUUUGCCUAAUUAUGCAGUUUUGUUUCACUGUUAUAAUCUUAAAACGCGAAUGUGCUGUAAAUACUAAUCGCACCGUGUGUGUGUAAAAAAAGAAAAGAAAAGGAUAUCCUGACUCAAUCUGAAUUGUCGUUUUAAAAAUAUAAAGACAGCAAAAACAUAAUAAAAAGUGCAUGCAUAGUUCUUCAUCGAUGCUCUCGGUUCAUGGCUCUCAUUUGAAAUUGUUGAUUUCCUCUUUUAGUUCUCUUUAUCCGUUUUAAUAAAGAUAAUGAAUGACUUGA